GCAUGCCAAUUUUAAUCUUUCCCCUUUGUUUCUGCAGUUUUUUAAUUGCGGUUGUCUAUUGAUAUUAUUUUGUUGUUUUGUUUCAUCUUCAUUACAGUUUCUGCUCAUUGUUGUGGUCUGUAUGUUCGUGUGUUUGUGUAUAUAUGAGCAUAAUUAACUAAAUUUGUUUGAGCCGCUGGAGUAUCCUAUUUUUAGUUCUUUAACUCUACCAAAAGUUGUCUAAUGAAUUUGAGUAGAUGUCAUCCAUUAAAAGAUCGAUUCAUAUUUUACAUAAAACAGAGAGGCAAGGGAAAUCUUGCUCAAGCACUUCAUAUAAAUAGAAAGAGAUGGUUACGGCAUUAUGGUUUUAGCUCGAAGAUUCCAAAGAAAUGAGGUCAGCUAUCAUUUAAGUGGUUGCGCCCAAGUGAACAGUCAAAUAAAAUUAGUUUCAACUGAACCAGUAUCUCAGUAUAUCAGUACUCAUAAUUCUAUAGGCUGUGCAAAUUUGCCUUUUGGAGUUGCUUUUCAUAUUUUAGACACUUAUGCUUGAUUAGGUUAUUUCAAAUGUAGAAAGUAGAGCUGGAGCUACAGAGAAGCAGGAGAGAGACUUAUUAUCAGCAGUAACUUUUUACAUAUCUUAGCUUGAGAAUAGACUGUUAGAUGGAAGCUCUACACGAUUUCUGAAAAUAUGCAUUUCUGCUAUUCCAAGGCAGUCAACCAGCUCUUUGGUGCAUCUUAAGAUUCCUGUUACUGUAGAUAAACAGGUCUCUUUCAUAGAGAAUCAUGUUCUUAUGUAGAUUAUCUAUUUUUCGGUAUUACCUUGUGUAUAUGGGAGGUGUUCCCAUUAUUAAUAAAAUUACUUACCUUAAACAAAAAGAAAGGCAAUGAACCAGAACUAUGAUCUAUUUUGGGAUUGGUUUCUUUUUUAGUUCAGUUUCUGACUGGUGUAUUUCAUUGUUUAUUCUGUAGCUUUGCAUUUCCAACCGAAUCUGCAAUAGGAACUCCGGCCUGUAUUGCAGCAGGAGUCUUAUCAAGAAAAAGUACUAUCAAAAGGCCAGGGACCUCAAAGCUGGAGGUAUAACAUAAGAUUUUCUUGCAACGAUCCAAGUUUCCUGCUUUAUUAGUGCUAAAAUUGCAAGUGGUGACUUUAAAGGGGAUAUAAAAUGACACAACGACUUGGUAUAUAUGCAAUCACUCCUGAAAUACCAGACUGGGCCUGUAAAGUGCAAGUUGUGGAUAUAUGCAAACCAGGAGACGGUUCUCACCGAAAGAUAAAAUAUUUGAACAUGAUCUUUCAAGAUGAACAGGAAGACCAAAUAAAACCUAUUGUUUACGGUGAUGAAAUCUCCUCUUAUCAAGAUAUAUUCAAGUUGUUCCACACCUAUUUGAUAACGGGUGCGCGCAUACAAGUACCAAAUUUGAGAUAUGAAAGACCCUUGCAUACAUUUGAGUGGAUUAUUGACAAAAAAACCAUAGUUGAUCCAAUUGAAAAAGAUAAUCCAGAUGAGGAUGAAUUGCCACCGCCCACAAAGCUGAAUCUUACAUCAUUUGAAGACAUCAACAAUCAGGCCUCCCAGUCUACCAAAGAGCAGCUUAAGGACGUAGAAUUUAAUAUACUCGCAAUUGUUGUCCGCUGGUUCCCGCCAAGGUUUGUUGCAAAAGUCCAAAAAAGAUUGCAAGAAGUCAUUCUCAUCGAUACUGACAAACAAGCUUUCACCUUCACACUAUGGGAAGAAACUAUUAUUGAGGACGAAGGCUGGAAACUCCUUGACAAAUUCCAAAAACGUCCUAUUAUCUUUGCCAGGCGUAUUGGGGUAUCCAAGUACAAUGGUACAUCGUUGACAACAAAAUUUAACACCACAAUACAAAUUGUUCCCCCUUAUUCCCAAUGCCUACAAUUGCACACAUGGGUCUCAGAAAACAGAGAAAUGCUUGCUUCUUUCAGUCUGAGGAGCACAUCUGAAUCUGGAUCUCUUAUCAGAGUUUCAGUACAUGAACAAAUAAUCCCAAGUGCAAAUGUUCAAUCACAACAGGACGGGCAUUCCUUCUCCAUUGAGGCAAAAGUAUCACUUCCAAAGAAACUCAAAAGUUGCUAUGUUUUACUAUGUCCCAAUUGCAAACAAGAAGUCAGAAUUUUAAUAAAAAGAAAGUUUCUGUGUAUGACUUGUAAGCAACAAAAUAUGUUAAUUCCCAGGUGCAGAUUUGAUGUAAAUCUCCAAGAUGCUUCCGGAUCAAUAAUUGGGAUAAUUAUGGACAAAGAAGUAGAAAAAUUAUUAUCCCUUACCACAAAUGAGAUUUACGCCCUUGCUUCAAAUGAGGAUGAGUUGCUACCAAUGCAGAAUAUUCAAAGCAAGCUAAAUCAGAACUUUUACAUAAUUCAAGUGAAAAAAUCAUUCUCCCGCAGUUCUCAAGGAACAUCUGGAAAAUUGUACAUUUUGUCUUGCACUGAAAAAGAAAAAAUGGUGCAUUCUGUCCUUGAAUCACCAAAAACUGACAUUGAAGAAGGCAACAAAAGGAAAAAGAAACAUUUAGUUUCCUUUGAUGAAGAAACAGAAGUACCAACUGAGCGACGUCACUCGCUCAAGCUGAAACAAAAACUGGAGCCAACAACUCCAGUAAAAAAGAAAUAAAGGAUAACCUUUUUUUGCAAUCACAUUUGCGUUUUGCGGAACAAAGGGAAAUCAAUUCUGUUUUGAAGCUUGCUUUUGACUUUUUUGUCUUGCAACUACAUGUUCCAACAACAUAUACAUCCAUCAAACAAAGCAAUGACUGUGUUCAAGACAGGAGCUUCAAACAACUGUGUUGUCUAAGAUCAAAGAGGGGCGAUCUUCCCUAUUUCUUUAGGGAUUUAGUCUGUCAAUUCGUCCUCUAUGAAAUUCCAAUGGAAUGUUGCUUCAUCACAAAGACAACAAUCUCAGAUAUAUGAUAGAAUGAAGUGCUGGUCAAGAGAAAAUUUGGGCUUCCUUUGUUUUCGAGUUACUACGUACUUAUCCUUCGGGCUAAUCAUGCAGAUCAAAGUCAGACCAAAAGAGUGUCUCUUCCCUUUUAAAGCUCAAGUCAGCAUAUAAUGUUACUUCAAGUAAAGGUUUAUCGGGAUACUGUACAAGUUUCUCUUCUCUUUUCCACAACCGACAACAACUGAUUGAAUCCAGAUCGUACCCGCUUACACCAAGAACAUCAACAAUUUCACAACUUUCCUCUUUCUAGCAAGCUUGGCAAUGUAAUAAAAUAACUUUGUUCCGCACAAUAUGAAGCAUAUUAUGUUAUGAGUAAUAUUUAACUUGAUGGUAUUGGUUCCUUUUUUUUAGUUAAACUCCUACAAAACGAAUAAGGAAGUACGUUCCAAAAGUCAGACCACUUUUAUAUAACAACAUUCGCCCGUGCUUUGCACGGGCUCCGGCCAUCUAUUUUUUUUUAUUUUUUUUUUAUAUAAUAAGAGUGAGCCUUCACUCACUUUCGUCGUCAGGGGCAUUUUGGAAUUUUCAAUUUAUUCUUCCACAACAUGAUCCUUCUUUGUUUGUCUAUUCUCUCUUCCUCUCUCUGUUUUCAGAAGGCAAUUUUUUAGCUUGGUGGAAAGCGGAAAUGAUCACGACAGUGUGUGUACUGUAAGGUAGAUCAGAGAUUUUGUUUUAUAUUUUUUCUUUUCGCGGUGGUAUUACAACCACAAUCUUGGUAAGGUACAAAAACCAUUUAUGGCUAUUCUAGAGUUAUCGGCCUUUUGCUCCUUUCUCAAUUGAUUUUACAAUGCAUGUUUUCUUUUUAAUAUUUGGGUGUCAAAUUUCUUUUUUCUCUCCAAAUUUCCUCAAUGGACAUUCUCUGAGAGGUGGCGACAUUUCGGAGAUUUGAGGGGGCUGCGUCGCUCUCUUUAGCCUUUGGCUGUUUUGUUAACUGAUUUUGCAGAUGCAUAUAUUUAUUCGCCAUUUUGUGUUGAUUUCAUAGAUCUCAAAUUGUAUUAAGAGGAACUCAAUGAAAACAACGGGAGGCUCCGUGAACAAAAUUUCCAAAGGUCAGUAAUGCACUUAAGUUUUGGUCUACUAUUUUGGUAAUGUUCAGCAUUGGAAAUAGAAAAAAAGAGUUACCUUAGUUUUUUUCCCUAAAACCCAACGACAACGCAGUUUGUUCUAAUUUUGGCUGGAGUAUGUUUUCUAAUAUAAGAAAGAACUCUUGAUAAUGAAGCCGGAAGUUUGAAUUCGUUGCAGUUUACACCUUGUAGACUUCUGAAGUUUUGAUUUAUUUGUGUAGCAAUAAAUUAUUACAAUCAACAUCAGUUUAUAACAACCAGGUCAUUUGUAAUUUUGACUUAGAAUUUGCCUACAUUUAUUUUAUACUAUUGUGAACAAAGUUCUCAGGUUGGAGCCAGCAGAAAUUAGAAAACAUAGUCUCUGAGUUGAUUCAGUUUGAGUAGAAAUUGAAUUUCACAGGCCAUGUGAUAUGAAUAAACAUUAGCAAGAUACGAUAGGUCAAUAUGGCUCAACCACAAACGAUGCAUGCCUAGCGCAAGCCUUAUUGUAAACAGCCCAACUAACGAGCAAUAUUUUUAAGCAAGAAGUAUAUGCUAAUUUUCUUACUUCUAAAAUAGUUUUUUCCUUUUGGCUGAGCGCAUUUUCCUCUCUCAUGUGUUUGAUCCUGUUUUAAAACAAAAAUUUGGGGUAUGGUCUUCUUUGGUUUUCAUCAGAUCGUUCUUUGCGCUGCAUGUGUUAGCUAUUUCUUGAGAUUAAAAAGUUGAAAUUAAUAUGUUUGCUCUAAUUCUGUGUUGUAUUUCGCAGUGUUGUUCAUUCAUGCUGGAAUGAACUUUGGUGGUGAGUAAAUUUCUACAUUUUCUAUUUUUAUCUUGAGUUUCAUUGAAAAAUUCCUCUUUCGCAGGGCUUCCUUAUGAACGCCUUAUGGCAGGUAAUGAGUAAAUAGAAAUAAAGGUCACUAGAUCAGUCACAAAAGAUUGGUUCUAUAUUAUCUUGAGGGAAUGACAGUUUGCAGUUGAGAAAGAUGAACUUUUUAGAAUUUUACAUGUUGUAUUACCACCUCGUAAUGCAGCAAAAGUGAUAGUUUACAAGAAUCCAACCAGACUCUGUUGGCUUGAUAAACUUUAGUUAGCUUUACGAUGCCAAAGUGAUACAUUUUUAGAUGUAUGUAAGGCUAAUUCACCAAUUCAUCUUUCAUAUAAUCAUGAAAGAAGCUAAGCUUCUGCAUCUUGACUAAAGCUUUUUAGGAUGAUAGUAUAGGCUAAGAAAUACUUGCAUCAUUUGUGAAAUUAGGUAAAUUACUUUAUCUUGGAUCAACCCAAAUUUACGAACGGAUGUUGUCUCCAAAACUAGCUCUCUUAACACGGAUAAGGAAAAAGCCAAUGACUAACUUUUCUCAAUAAGCAGUUUUAUUAGCGUGGACUCAGGACCAAGCCAAUCUUGAUUAAGAAAAAAUUGUAUUAAAUAAGGAGGGAUACAGGUAAACUGCCUUCUGCUUAUGAUCAUAUCAGAAGGUCCAUUUGAUAUUUUAUAUAGCUAUGCAUCACAAUUUCUCUAUUUUUUGCUGAAGUUUGUUGUUUAGCAUUUCAACACCAUAAAUUUUCUGCUAAUGGCAUUUUCACUAUGUUCCACUUUUAGAAAUGAGAGCAUUAUGCAUAGGAAAAGGUCCUACGUUUCCUUAAGAUACAUCAUUAACAUUCAAGUUAACAUUUGUCGGGUGUGAGUUAACUGAUGCAGACUACAAAUUUCAGUUGUGAAUUGUGCAACAUUGUUGUCUCUUUAUGUAACGCAUCUUAGUUCGUUGCCAAAAAAAAAAAAAAAAAAAAAAAAAAAAAAAAGAACAACUAAACCCUGCUGGCCUUCUGCAUGUACAAUUUUAGUAGAGGUGCAGUUGAAUCCUGUCAGUUAGCCUUAUUCAACUUGUCUCAUCAUUUUUGUAUUGAUUCCUCUUCUCACACUCCUUAAUUUGUAACUUAUCUCUACUGCGCAAAAUAAAAAAGAAUGCAUCCUCUACUUCACCAAUUUUUGUCCUUUAAUAGAUUGUAACUGCAAUGGAUUUUAAUAUUUUAAUACAUGACAUUACCAAAUAUUUUGGAUCCAUUUAGUUGGAAUAUGUGGUUGCAUAAUUUUGAAUGUAAGGCACAGGUUUCUGAAGCGGCAGGAUGUGUGACUCGUGAUUGUUGCUAAUAUACGGCUCAGCCAAAAAGAGACUGAAGCAGCAUAUGACCAAAUGAGAGUCAAAGGCAAGGCUUGCAAGGUUAUUUAUCAUGUUACAUAUGAAUGUACUUGUGUUGGAGGAAGUGGUGGAUUGCAUGGUUUGAUAGGUGUGACUGCGAAUAAUAUUGAUAGGCAUCAAGUGUAUUAUAAGGUUGCCGUUGAUGAAGGAUAAAAAUGCAGGUAGUCAGUUGAGGAAAUGGCUGCUUUUGAUUGACGUUUUAUCCAACAAAAAGUAUAACAAUUUGUGUUUGUUAUCUUUUCCCCUUAGUAUAUCUUUGUAGGACUUUGUUUGUCAUUGAAUGUACAUAGUAUGAAGCUUUAUUAUGUUGUAUGGAAAGGUCUUCUCAUUACCUGUUAAA